AUGCCGCUGGUUGCCGCCAACGUGCUAGUGUUUAUAUGUGGCCACCUGGUGGGGGUGUUUGUGCAUUCCAUCAUGGAGCAUGCUCAACGGAAGGCCUUUCUGGACACCCGAAACUGCAUCAACGCCCGUUUGCACAUGGAGGAUGAGAAUGAGAAACUCGAACGGUUACUACUGAGCGUGUUGCCACAACAUGUCGCCAUGGAGAUGAAAGAAGACAUCAUAGCUCCCCGAGCUGGCCAGUUCCAUAAGAUCUACAUACAAAAGCAUGAAAAUGUCAGCAUCCUGUUUGCUGACAUUGUUGGCUUCACAGUGCUGGCCUCUCAGUGUAGCGCCCAAGAAUUGGUUAGGCUCCUGAACGAACUAUUUGGACGUUUUGACCAGCUGGCUAAUGACAACCACUGUCUGCGCAUCAAAAUCUUGGGCGACUGCUACUACUGCGUGAGUGGCCUGCCUGAGCCUCGUUCUGACCACGCUCACUGUACUGUUGAAAUGGGGCUAGACAUGAUUGACGCUAUAGCGUCGGUUGUGGAAGCCACAGAGGUACAACUCAACAUGCGGGUAGGCAUUCACACGGGCCGGGUGCUAUGCGGUGUACUGGGCCUGCGCAAGUGGCAGUACGAUGUUUGGUCCAACGAUGUCACUUUGGCCAAUGCAAUGGAGGCUGGCGGCAUCCCAGGGCGUGUACAUGUGACAGAGGCAACUGUGGAGUGUCUGCACGGCGAGUACCAGUUGGAACCAGGCAGAGGGCAGGAGCGCAACAGCUACUUGCGUGAACACAAUGUCAACACAUUCUUCAUUCGACCACCUGCACACAGGAGAAAGACGAUGCUGUUCAACCAGCUGCACGUUCGACGCAUGGCUGGUCGCAAGCUGUCAUUCAAGAAUGUCUCCAAUGUGGUGGUGCAGCUGUUGCACUCUAUCAAGUACAGCAUUGAUGUGCCCUUUGCCAACAUGGCCAUGCCUGGCCCCAGUGGUACAGCUGAGAAGCAGCCUAGCAAAAAGUUCAAGAUGACUGAUAAACUGCACAAACCACUAAAGAAAAGGCAUUCGGUGGUGUACCAUCAGCCGAGCAAUCGGAUAAAUAAGUACCUGGCUCAGGCCAUCGAGGCACGCAGUGUGGACAGAGAGAAAUCCAAUCAUGUCAACAUGGUUACCCUCUGGUUCAAGGACAAGACCAAGGAGGAACAGUACCACCGUGAGAAGGAUCACGGCUUUGGCAACAGCCUCGCUUGCAUCCUAGGAGUACUUCUCUUGCUGAGUGGAGUCGAGGCCACU